AUGAGUUCCUCAGAGGAGAACUUUAACCUUGACGCCAUCUCGGGUUCAGGCUCAGAUUCGGAGGGCUACGCGCCCGCACCCAAGAAAUCUCUCAAGACCGCGCCAAAGGCGAAGCCCGCGUCGAAAGCAGCGAAACUGAGUACAAAGCCGAAAGCUGUUCCAAGGAAGAAGGUUUUGGUGGAUAAGAACGAUAAUGCAGACUCUGAUACUGAAAUGAGAAACUCUGACGACGACGCUGGACCUAGUGCUCCAGCCCCCGCUGCGCCUGCAAAGAAGAAGACUGCUUCGGAGACGUACACAAAGGUUCUUUCCCAGCUGGAGCAUAUUCUGAAGCGACCUGAUUCCUACAUAGGAAGCGUGGAAACCAUUACUCAACCUAUGUGGGCGUGGGAUUCAGAUAGAAAGCUCAUGGUGUACAAAGAAAUCAAGUACGUUCCCGGAUUUUUUAAAAUUGUAGAUGAGAUCCUUGUCAAUGCGGCCGACAAUAAGAUCAACGACCCUAGCAUGGAUACGAUCAAGGUUACCAUUGACCCGAGAAAUAAUGUCAUUUCAGUUUAUAACAGUGGACGUGGUAUUCCCAUCGAGAUGCACUCCAAGGAGAAGAUCUACAUCCCGGAACUCAUCUUCGGGCAUUUGUUAUCUUCUUCCAAUUAUGACGACGACGAGAAGAAGCUGACAGGAGGUCGCAACGGAUACGGUGCCAAACUCGCGAACAUCUACUCAGUCGAGUUCACGAUCGACACUGCGGACAAGAAUACGGGUCAGAAGUAUGUACAGACGUGGACAGAUAACAUGAGCAAAAUGGGGAAGGCGAAGAUCACAAAGAAUUCGCGUGGCGAGGAAUAUACUAGGGUUACGUUCAAGCCCGACUUGAAGCGUUUCGGUAUGGACUCUAUCGAUGAGGACACUGUUGCCCUCCUCAAAAAACGUGUACACGAUAUUGCGGGCACUGUAAAGGACGUGAAGGUCUUCUUGAACGAUGAACGAUUGAAGAUCAAGAAUUUCAAGCAGUACGUCGAGCUCUAUCUCAACUCAGCCGCAGAACAAGCGGCGGAUGCGUCAGGCGGAGCAGCGCAGGCGAAGCAGACUAUGAUAUACGAGCAGAUUGGGACGCGCUGGGAAGUCGCGUUCGCCGUGUCUGAAGGGGCCUUCCAGCAGGUCUCCUUUGCCAACUCGAUUUCUACGGUCAAAGGGGGUACACAUGUACAGUACAUCGCUGAUCAGCUUGCGAAGAAUCUCGUCACGUUUAUCUCCAAGAAGAACAAAGCUGCGACGGUGAAGCCUCCGCAAAUCAAGAAUCACAUGUGGAUUUUUGUAAAUGCCCUAAUCGAAAACCCGACUUUCGAUAGUCAGACGAAGGAGACACUGACCCUACCGUCGGCAAAGUUUGGCACGAAACCGUCUUUGUCUGAAGAGUUCAUGAAAAAAGUGCAAAAAUCGGUGAUCGUUGACCACAUCCUGAACUGGGCAAAAUUCAAAGCCGACCAGCAACUCAAGAAGACUGACGGCAGCAGACGCAAUAGGUUAUCCGGCCUCCCGAAACUCUCGGAUGCUAAUAAUGCCGGAACAAGAAAGGCCUCCGAAUGUACUUUGAUUUUGACUGAGGGUGAUUCGGCGAAGACGCUGGCAGUAGCAGGGCUAAGUGUCGUCGGUCGCGAUAAUUAUGGUGUAUUUCCUUUGCGUGGCAAGCUGCUGAACGUCCGAGACGCGAAGCACGAUCAAAUCAUGAAGAAUGAGGAGAUCCAGAAUAUCAAGAAGAUUCUCGGGCUGCAGCAUAACAAGGACUACAAGGACGUGAGCGGUUUACGGUACGGACAACUCAUGAUAAUGACGGACCAGGAUCACGACGGUUCCCAUAUCAAGGGCCUCCUUAUCAACUACUUCGAGCACUUUUAUCCUUCGCUGUUGAAGGUUCCUCACUUCCUUGUUGAGUUCGUCACGCCAAUUAUCAGGGCCACGAAAGGCACCCAGCUGAUCGAAUUCUAUACCAUACCGGAGUAUGAACAGUGGCUAGAAGAAACUCCGAAUUCUGCUAGCUGGAGGGCAAAGUACUUGAAGGGUCUAGGCACGAGUAAAGACGAGGACGCACGAAGAUAUUUCAAGCUAAUGCGCAAACACAGAAUUGCUUUCAGUACCAUUAAAGAGGGUGACCGGGAUUCAAUCGAGCUGGCGUUCAGCAAGAAGAGAGCUGACGAUCGAAAGGAGUGGCUGCGGCAGUUCAAGCCUGGUACUUUCCUUGACCAUACACAGGGCGAAAUAGGGUUUACCGAUUUCAUCAACCGGGAACUCAUCCUAUUUUCUAUGGCUGACAACAUUCGUUCUAUCCCGUCGGUGGCAGACGGAUUGAAGCCUGUCCAAAGAAAGGUGAUAUGGGCAUGUUUCAAGCGCAAACUCAAGGGUGAAAUCAAGGUCGCUCAACUUGUUGGCCACGUAUCGGAACAUGCACAAUAUCAUCAUGGAGAGCAGAGUCUGAUGAUGACCAUCGUCAAUCUCGCUCAGGACUUUGUAGGGGGAAACAAUUUGAAUCUUAUGAUGCCAAAUGGUCAAUUCGGCACUCGUGAUCAAGGCGGCAAAGACCACGCCUCUGCCAGGUACAUCUAUACAGAGCUGUCACCCGCUACACGAGCCGUCUUUCAUCCCGGAGACGAUCCUCUCAUGAAAUACUUGACCGAUGAUGGUCAUUUGAUCGAACCAGAGUACUACAUGCCGACUGUGCCAAUGGUCUUGAUCAAUGGUGCCGAAGGUAUCGGGACGGGCUGGAGCACAAAUAUCCCGUGUUACAAUCCCGAGGAUAUCGUCGCGAAUCUCCGUCGACUCAUGGCUGGCGAAGAGCAAUUGCCUAUGUUACCAUGGUGGCGAGGAUUUAAGGGUACUAUCAAGAAAACUAGCGAUUACAGGUACGAUGUAUCAGGGAUUGUGACCAAGCUCGACGAUACCACGUUCGAAAUCACGGAACUUCCCAUCCACAAAUGGACCCAGAACUAUAAGGUGGAGCUUGAGGCUAUGUGUGGCGAGAAGGGCGAUGGUCCUGUGAAGGACUACAAGGAGUAUCAUAACAACAUGAACGUACAUUUUGUGGUUCACAUGGAACCAAAAGCCGUCGAGAAGGCUGAGUCGCAGGGCUUGCUCGAGUUCUUCAGACUCACUGGCAAAAUCAACACCAGUAACAUGAUCUGUUUUGAUUUUGAAGGAAAGAUCAAGAAGUAUAAUACUCCCGAAGAGAUUAUCGAAGAUUUCUAUCCUCAACGCCUGGCCUACUAUCAGAAGCGAAAGGAUUUCAUGGCGAACGAGCUGUCUGAUGAACUAGACAAGCUCAAUAACCAGAUUCGGUUCAUCCAAAUGAUCAUAGAUAGGGAGCUAGCUGUCUCCAAUCGCAAGAAAGUGGACAUCGUUGCCGAUCUGCGCAAGAAAGAAUUCCGACCAUUUCCUAAGGUCUCAAAGGCCAAGGCCAAGGCCAGCGAAACAACUGAACUUGUGGAAGUUAACGAGGACGAGGAAGAUGAGGAAGAUUCCGGGCCCGCCGGUAGUGCUUCGGACUUUGACUACUUGCUCGGUAUGGCGAUCUGGAGUCUGACCAAAGAGAAGAUGGAGAAAUUACGUCAACAAGCAAAACAGACAGAGGGAGAGCUCUUGAUCCUUCUUGAACGCACUCCGAUUCAGAUCUGGCAAUGUGAUCUUGAUCGGUUCCUUGAAGAAUGGCGGGCAACUUGCGAACAAUGGGACGCGAAGAUUAUCUCCGCAGAUGCAAGUGGGAACAAGAAAGGGAAACGCAAACAGCCUACACUCAAGGCAGCGAUGAAGAAGGCUGCUGGUGAUGACGAUUCUGAAGAUGACUUCAAGCCGACAAAAGCUGCAGCUAAGGCCAAGAAGACUACUGAGCCUAAACCAGCACCAGCGAAAAAACUUCCUCAAGCCGAUCCCUCGAGCUCCAAAGUAGAUGAAGACGAACAGAAGAAACCUGUGGCGAAGAAACCUACGAAAAAACAAAUCAAGGACGACCCAGACUCGGAUUUCGAAGUCAUCCAACAGAAGCCUGCACCCAAAAAGGCAGCUGCGAAGAAACUCGCGAAGAUAGAGUCUGAAUCCGAGCUCGAGAUGAUCGACGGACGUCUAGCAUCAGCGAACAAGGGAAAAGCCCAGGACUCCGAUAUUGAAAUGAUUUCGCUCGUAUUGAAGGAUAGCGACAAAGGUAAAGCCCCUGCUGUGCCUAAACGCAAGAGUCCUGACGCUGAGAAUUCCGAUUCUGAUUCUUUUACUGUGCCCCUGAAGAAAAGCAAACCAAGUCCUGCUCAAGCGACAGUAACAGACUUCUUUGACAAAGUGCCGACAGCAAAGAAGACUACAGUCCGGAAGCCAUCGUCGAGCAAGCCUGCGCCUGCUAAGAAGACGGCGACGAAGGUCGUGGACAGCGAUGAUGAGGAUGAGCUGAUGGACGAGGAUGAUCCUCCACCACCACCCGCUCCGAGGAAACCUAUCGCCCGAAAGCCAUCAUCAAGCAAAUCGGCACUGGCGAAGAAGCCGGCCACGAAGAAAGUUGUGGAAAGCGACGACGACAUAUCGGCAGAUGAGCUCGCGGCGGUCGCCCCGAUAACCACUCGUAAUGAAGCACCUAGACGAGCAGCUAGAGGAGGGGCAAAGAAGUAUAUUGAGAUUCCCUCGUCAUCGGAAGGUGAAGGAGGUGGCAAGGAUGGUUCUGAAUUUGAGGACUUUGAUUGA